CCCGCAAAUUUCAUUCAAUAGUCAACACCAGAUAUGAUUCCCUAUCUUCUUCCCUUCACAUUCUCUCUCUGCCCAGUUCCUAAAGAAAGAGGAUAACAGUAGCUCAAAGCGCAGACCUUGAAGUCGUCCAUUGUUGAGUUCUGCAGAUAAUGGCCCAAACAUUGUCAGAGAAGGAGCUUUACUCUGUAAGGAGAAGAAUGGCCUCUGUUGCCAACCAUCUUAUGGUACCUUCUCCUCCUACAGCUUCUAGUUCAAAAUGUGACUCGGUUGAACUAGUACCCAAUGCUGCUUCCAUGAAUGAUAACUACCAUAGAGUCCAUGGUAAUGUUUCUAAUAAAGAAGUUGUUUGGAGAAAUGUUGCUGCUUCUGAUGGCAGUACUAAGGACUUCACUGACAUUAUUUAUCAAAAGGCUGUUGGUGAAGGCAUUGCAAAGAUUGUUAUUAACAGGCCAGAGAGAAGAAAUGCGUUCCGGCCACGGUCGGUUAAGGAACUAAUUGCUGCGUUUAAUGAUGCUAGGGAUGAUAGCUCUGUGGGGGUUAUCAUUCUUACUGGCAAGGGAACCAAGGCCUUUUGUAGCGGUGGCGAUCAGGCAUUAAGAACCAAGGAUGGCUAUGCUGAUCCUAAUGACAUGGGCCGCUUGAAUGUAUUAGACUUGCAGGUACAAAUUCGGCGCCUUCCCAAACCAGUAAUAGCAAUGGUUGCAGGUUAUGCUGUUGGAGGAGGACAUAUAUUGCAUAUGGUCUGUGAUCUCACAAUUGCAGCCGAUAAUGCUAUAUUUGGCCAGACUGGUCCUAAGGUUGGAAGCUUUGAUGCAGGUUAUGGAAGUUCCAUCAUGUCCCGUUUGGUCGGGCCUAAAAAAGCACGUGAGAUGUGGUUUCUGACAAGGUUCUAUACAGCUUCUGAAGCAGAGAAAAUGGGCCUUGUUAACACUGUUGUACCAUUAGAUAAUUUAGAACAAGAAACAGUCAAAUGGUGUCGAGAGAUUCUAAGGAAUAGCCCAACUGCGAUUCGAGUCCUCAAGUCAGCUCUUAAUGCUGUUGAUGAUGGUCAUGCUGGACUCCAGGAACUUGCUGGGAAUACCACACUCAUAUACUAUGGUACUGAGGAAGGCAGCGAGGGGAAGUCGGCAUUUAUGGAACGUAGACCCCCGGAUUUCUCAAAAUUUCCACGACGACCUUAAUGUCAACUUUCACCUGUGCAGACCCAAUUUGUUAUCAAUCUACCAGAUAAUUUUUUUCAAUAAAUCCUUUGUGGCUUCUUUGUUAUGUAUUCUUGAGAUUAAGAAUUUUAUAUUGAGCUCUCUUGGAAGCGACAUUAUCAGUUGUCAAAAGCAUCACCCUCGCUUCAUCAAAUGAGUUCAGAAGAAAUUACUCUCAA